AAUCUGAGUCCAACACUGUAAGUGUAAUUAAGAAAGAAUGUCGAAGCUGAGUAAGGGUAUCGAGGUGUCCGACGAUGCCUCGAUCAGAAGUCUCAGUGAGAUAUUGGACGAUUCAGCUUCUAUCCGAUUCAGUAUUGAUCUGGUCGGCGCAGCCAGAAGACAUCUCUCCUUCUUAAGAAUCGUCGACGAGUCUCCAUGGCUUCACCACUCCAAUACUACCCUCCUCUCCAUCCGAAGGUAUGACGAGCUGUGGAUGCCUUUUAUCGCUGAUCUCACGGUUGGGUCAACAACGCCUCCGAUGCUUCUUCCUCCUUUGGACAUUCAAUGGGUCUGGCACUGUCACUCUCUGAAUCCGGCAAAAUACCGGCAAUACUGUGAGUCCAGAUUCUCGAAAUUGGUGGGGAAACCCGUAAUCUUAGACGAUGAGAACGAAGAGUACGCUUUGAAUAGAUGCAGGGAUCUCUGGAACCGCAGAUACCCGUCGGAACCUUUCGAGCUCGAAGCCGACACCAUCACCGGAAUCGACGAUUCCCUUGCCACUACUGUUACGAACGAGGACAUCUUCUCCCAAGUUUCUAAGAACAGAUCCUUGUAUUCCAAGUUCUCCCAGCCUUACAUGUUCGAAAUCGUUUAUCUGAUCGCAGCCAGGCAAAGAUACAAGGGGCUUCUGUAUCUUCUGCAGAGUUUGCAGAGGUCGGGAGCUGGAGUCGACGGAGGAGGUUCAAACUCAGUUCUUGUGCCCACAUCAGAUAUUCUGCUGAUGUGGUUGACCCAUCAGAGCUAUCCGUUGGCGUACGCCGGUGACAUGAAGGAGAUGGAAGGGGACCUAGAGAAGGUGGUAGGGGUUUGGGAUUCUGUGAAGGAAGAGGACAUGGAAGCCACCAAGGAGCUGUGGGAGAAAACGAUCGGCCAGCCAUACGAGAAAGCAGGAGCUACCUUGGAUCAAACUCCAUCUUCGAAAUCGCUGGUUUAUUGGGAAAUCUCAGACUAUGACGUCAACAGGAAAUACAAGUCCAUGGAACCCAGGUUCUUGUUGGAGGUAUGCGUUUUCAUAGGGUCGAACCCCAAAGUCAAAGAAGUGGUCAAAGGGGCGAAACACGAGUUCCUGCGUCUCUGCACCAUUAAAUGCCAUAAGGAGCUAAAGAUCGACAAGAGCAUCGCCGACGGCGUUUCGUGGAGGAAGACAUGGCAUCUGUAUUGCGAGUUUGGGACGAGAGGUGUGGUCUUCGAACGCCGGUGCCGGCGCGGCGGAGGUUGUUUCAGAGGAAAAAGUACCCUCAUUGACAAAGUAGAAUUCCUGUGGAACGACUUACUCCGAGCUCCCUCUCUUACUCUGGCAAACAAAAUGGAGCUGCAAACGGAACAGUUGAGCCUGAGGGUAGUGGCCUCCAUUACUCCACCCGUCCAAGCACCUUACCUGUUGAAGUGCGUUCCUGACAGGGUCACCGACGACUCCGGCGCCAUGAUUUCCGACGUGAUACUCAGAAUGAACAAUUAUCGUCCGCAGGAAGGACGGUGGUUGUCUCGCACCGUGCUCGACUAUGCUGGUAGGGAGUGCUUCGUUAUCAGGAUCAGAGUGGCCGGAGGAUUUUGGAGGAGAGGUGGAGAAACGCCGGCGGCGGUGAGAUGGCAGGACAGGAUCAUAGAGAUACGUGAAGGUUCUUGGAAGUACGUCGCCGGUUCCAUCGGCACCGCUCCAGAGAAAGUGGUCGGAACUGCAACGCCGGUGGAAGAAGAAGAAGAAUCGAGAGCCAGAAAAGCUUCCUGGCAUCUCUCCACGGGAGAAGAGUUAACGAUACAUUGGGAAUCCACAUCACCCCUUUUCGUUCUCUCCUUCCACCUUGAAAACAAUAGCUCCCUUGAGCCAUCCGAAAAGGUGAGGUUGCUAAAAGGUAGGAAGAUGCAGUAUCGAGAAUCAAAGAAAUUUGAUUCAGAGAGAAAUCAAGUCCAGGAAGAGGACCAGGAGGAGAACUGCGUGGAAGAAGCAGAAGAAGAAGAAGGUUUCGUGACAGUGGUUCGAUUCACGCCGGAGAACCCGAAUGGGAGAGCAACGGCUUUGUUGAAUUGGAAGUUAUUGGUGGUGGAGUUGCUGCCCGAGGAGGAUGCGGUGAUGUUAUUGCUUUUGUGCAUAGCGAUACUCUGGAGCGUAUCGGAGAAGACAAAGGAGGACUUUGGGAGACUUUUGGUGAGGAGGAGAUUGAAAGAAGCUAAGAUUGGAACCAGAGAUUGGGGUUCUGUCAUGCUUCACCCUUGGUGUACCACUUCUUCUCCUUCUCUUCAUUCGUCUUACCUUCUUCCUUGGUACUGGAAUGCCAAGGCGGUAAUGGCCUCAGUAGAUGCUGAUCCUGCUUCGAGGUUUAAUUACUCUCUGGCUGAAGGUGGUGAUAAGCUUUAUAAGCGAGAAAUUUUGUUCUAAGCCUU